AUGCCUUACGUGAAUUGUCAUCACAAAAUAUUGGCUGUAACUUUUCAAGUUAACUGGAAUUAUUUUUACCAAAUUGGGGGGCCUGCAUUUUCUUCCGGGUAUCAUUUAAAGGAACUGAUGGAUGAGCAAGGUCUAGAUAGAUACCAUGCUGAAGUAUUUCAAACCUGUUCUGAAGUAAGCCAGGAGGUGAGGAAUCACCCCAUCCCCGGGAUCGCCAUGGUGAACUGCUUGACCACCGCUGCUGGCUGUCAGCUGGUUGCCAGCUGUAACAUUGGCGUGGCCAGUGAGAAAUCCUCAUUUGCCCCUCCAGGUGUGAACACUGGGCUCUUCUGCUCCACCCCAGGAGUGGCCUUGGAGAGAGCACCACCCAUAUCUCCUCCCCCAGAAAUGCUUUUCACUGAGGAGCCCAUUUCUGCUCAGAAGGCCUUGCUCCAUGGGCUCCUCAGCAGAGUAGUCCCAGAAGAGCAGCUGGAGGAAGAGACCAUGAGACUCAAGAGGAGAAAGAUCGGCUCCUUGAGCCGUCCUGUGGGGUCGUUGGGGUCUUUGGACAAGGCCGCCUUCUACAAGCAAGCGCCAGACCUUAGAAGGGCCAACCACCUCACCCCCCAGGCCACGGUGAACAACGUGGCCCUGCAAGAUGGGCAGGAGGUAAUCAAGGCCUUCAACUGA